UUUUGAAUGACUUGUCCGGAAGUGUCUUUGUCCGCGCGCGGGCCUGUGUCGUCUUCUUCAGUCGUUAAACGCGCCAUUGUUCUCGAAACUUUCGUGAGCGUUUGAGGAAGUUUUCCGGUAAACAACAGCAGCAGAAGCAGCAGCAGUAUUUCGUCGAAGGAUUCGCUUCUUGCAUUUCUUUUUUCAAACACAACGGUGAGGAACCGUGUCCUUGUGAUCCCACUGUCAAACCACAAUGAUCACCAGGAGAAGAGGCCGCACCGUGAGCACCACAGAGGUGCAGUCUGUGGAGGUUGACGUGGUAGAUGCCGUGGACACAGACGAAGAUCUUCCAAGUCCGUCCGAGGGCUUCCCUGCUGACAGUAUCUACGCCGCUGGAAUGGAGCUAGAAGAUCUGUUUGGACAAGAUUACCUAAAGUGGACUGAGGGAGAUGCCGCCGCCCAGCUCUUCGAUAUUGAGUUGGCCGAUCUUGGUGUGUGCAGUGCCAAGGAUCAAGAUUCUGAGUUUGAAGCUUCGGUAGCCUCAUCUCCAGAGAGGGUGCCAUCUGACUUGAAGACGAAGAACAGGCCAAACCAGUCAAGCCACAGGAUCAACAAAAAUGCCAUUGCUGCCAGGAUGAAUCGCCUGAAGAAGAAAGAAUAUGUCAACAGCUUGGAGAAGAAAGUCGGCAUCCUGUCAACGGAGAAGGACGAGCUCAGACAGGAAAACCUACAGCUGACCAAGAGAGUGGAGGAGUUGGAAGAUGAGACAAGGUACCUGAGAGCUGUGCUGGCCAAUGAGAGCAUGUUAGCCCAGCUCUUGUCCAGACUGAGCGGUGUGAAUGGGAUGAAAUUAUCUUGCUCACUUUUCCAGGGGCCUGACGCAAACGAACACAACUACGCCUUACCCAGGAAACGUGUGAAAGUGGAGGAGAAAGAGACAUCUGGUGGCGUGUGUCUGCACGUGGACAAGAACCGCGUCUCGGUGGAGUUCUGCACUAAGUGUGCCGAGAGUGCAAGCACAUCGCUCAAAAUGUAGGGUCAAGUACCUAUCUCUGUUUUCAGAUAUUGAGACUGAACUUGAUAAAGCUCAGUGUACUGAACCUGAAGGUGGAAGAACACUGAAGUAGUUAAAAUUACCUAAGAACUGCUGAAUGUGCAUGUAUUUCUGUGUGAUGAUGGAUUACACGUUACUGCUAAACCUUGUUGACAGUUUCUUCUAGGUAAUGGUUGAUCCACCAUGCGGGCUGAGUGGCUUUCUGAACACCUUUACCUGCUUGACUCCAUGUGGAUUCUGCUGGUGGAAGGUGAAGAGGCUGGACAAGCAGCUGCCAACGUGUCCUGGUAUUUUUUUAAAGGUAGUAUCGGUAACAAAUGGUAUACGUUAAAUUCUAUUCUACCAAUACUCCACACCAUCUGUAGCUGUAGACCUGUCAUGCAGCAUUUUUGGGAGGCUGACUACAGCUGCUCCAUCACUUGGAGACAUACUACUAGAAGCUAAGUAGUCUAAUUAUGUCUUGUGUAUAUACUUGACAUUGGAAUGUGUUAAAUACAUCCAAAUAACCUGCUUCAAGUGGUUAAAUUGCCAGGUUUGAUCAAGUGUAACAAAUUGUAAAUGUGUAUAUAACAUUGAGUAUGUAUUGUUUUGAGGUAAAUGACCUCUGAGAGAUGUUGGACAAAAAAAAUAAAUCAUAUUUUCUUUAUGUCUGAGUUACAAAUA